AUGGAUUCUUCAAACGUCAGUAAUCAACAAAUUUGGCCAUUACCAGAUGUUGAUUCAGAUGAAGAAGCAUUUUGGGACGAUAAAGAUUUGAUUGCUGAAUAUGAAAGACUUGAAUCUCUUGUCAAGGAUAAAUUAACAGGAGAACUUAGUCAAAACGCGAAAUCGAAAUCCUCUGGAAUCAAUGGCAAAUUCCAUCCGAAAUUAAAACAAGCUUCAUCUAGCACGUGUAAUUACUCGAAGGUACACCACCAUACCGAAACUAUUCAAAAGGAGAAUGAUGAUGAUGAUAGUUCAGUGAAUCGUCAAUCAUUUCAUGAUAAUAACAACCCAAUUUGUGAUUUACAAUGGAUUCCUCCGUGUUUAAAUCCUCCAUCUCAACUAUUCUCUCGAAUGGCUUCAUCAAGGGAUAGUCAUAGUUUUAGUAAAGAUCAACCUUGUAUUACCCCUAAACCAACAAUCUUUACAAACAACCUAUCAACUCUUGAACCUAUUCUACAUACUUGGUAUGAAGCAGGCUACCGACUUGGUCGUGCACAUGCUAUGAAGUUAAAAUCCAAGUCAUCUGUAUCGUCGACUUCAUGUAAAUAAGAAAAUUUAUUUUCACAGAGACGGUUUAUCGCUGCUCAUUUUUUUUUUGUAUCAUACUUCUGGUUUUAUCAAUAAAAUUGUUAUUUUUA